CAGUAUGGAGCUCAGUCAACUUCCUCUUGUGCUCUUGCUGAUUUCAAACGUCUACUCUCAACAUACUGAAGAAAGACCAAAACCCAAAGUGACCAUCAAACCUGAUGAACAUGUAUUCAGAGGAGAGACAGUCACUCUCAGAUGUGACAUAUACAGUGAAGGAGUCACUAGCUGGGAGUACAUCUGGAAUAAAGAUGGUUCAUUCUACACUGUCAGUGAACUACAGGAACUCACAAUCAGUCCUGUUACUGAGUUUGAUGCAGAUAAAUACUCCUGUUAUAGAGCAGAGAGAGGAGGAUCAUGCAGCUCAUCUAUCAGUGAUGAAGUUACACUGACAGUAUCAGUUCCCAGAGCAGUGUUAAGUGUUUCUCCACAGAAGUGGCUGACUGAAGGAGAUUCAGUGACUCUGAUCUGUCAGGUUAACGGCUCCUCUACAGGCUGGACAUUCAGCUGGUACACUGAAACUGUCUCAUCAGCCAACAGCAUUAAUUAUAAGCAGCUCUCAGACAGCAGCAGAGGAGCUGGAGGACACUACACUGUCAGUUCUGCUGCUCUAAAACACACAGGAGUUCAUGUGUGCAGAGCAGAGAGAGGAAAACCAGCCUAUAACUCAACCAUCAGCAACACACAGUUAAUAUGGGUCACUGGUGUUUCUCCUCCAGUCUCUCUGAUCGUCAGUCCCAGCAGAACUCAACACUUCACAUCUGACUCUCUCUCUCUGAGCUGUGAGGACCAGAGUAACUCUACUGGAUGGAGAAUGAGAAGAUACAGAGACAGUGGGCUGCUGGAAGAUUGUUCAUCAGUUUGGGGAUCACAAACAGGAUCUACAUGUACAAUCAGAUCCACCAUCCCAGAGGAUACUGGAGUGUACUGGUGUGAGUCUGAAUCUGGAGAGAAACAUCAUCCUGUUAAUAUCACUGUACACUUUGGUGUGAUUCUGGAGAGUCCUGUUCAUCCUGUGACUGAAGGAGAAACUCUGACUCUACGCUGUUUAUAUCAUCAUUCAACCCCACCAAACCUCAGAGCUGAUUUCUAUAAAGAUGGGUCACUCAUCCAGAAUCAAACUACAGAGAUGAUCAUCCCUGCUGUCUCAAAGUCACAUGAGGGUUUCUACUACUGCAAACACACAGAGAGAGGAGAGUCACGCAAGAGCUGGAUCUCAGUCACAGUUGGAGUGACUGCUGGACUCACAUUUUUGAUCACUGUCUUCUUGGUCCUGCUGUGGCGCUACAGAAACAACAAAGGUGGAAGAUCUCAGUCUGCCUCCAGUGUCAGUCAACAGCAGAACAGCAGUCAGACAUCAGAGCAGAACCAGAGUGAAGCUGGACAUAAAACACUCAAGUCUGGAACUGCUCAUAUUUAUGACUCUCUUGAUGCCACAAUUAACAAAAACAUCAGCACAGACAUUGUAAGUGGACCUAAUGAAGUCACCUAUGCUGAGAUUGAACUCAAAUCUACAGAGAAACAGAAGAAAAAGAAAGAAAACAAAGGUAAUACCAGUGAAAGUUCAGACACUGUGUACUCUCAACUGAAUCUGGUAACUCAUCAAGCUGCUGGAUCUAGUGAUGUGAUGUACGCUCAGGUUAAAUAAAUGGCUGGAGGAGAAACAUUCAAUCCCAGGACGCUGAUGAGUUUAGGCUGAGAAGGGCUGGAGAAUGACCAGGAUCAUCAAUUCUUUAUCAUCUUUGUGAUGCUGAACACUUGAUGGCAAUAGAGUUAUCAGCCUUCAUGUGGUUCAGUGACUAUGCAUGCUAAUCUUUGAAAAGCAAUGAGAUUUAUACAUUAUACAUUGGAAAAAACAGAUGAUCUUUUAGUACCGCACAGUGUUUAUUUUUAUUGGUUGAUACCAGCAGAGGCAGCAGCUCAUUAUUUGACUGUUGAUUGAGACCAGGUUUUGUCUUGAUUUUAAAUGUAUUUGCAACAUGGUCAUGAACAACCUAGAAAUAC